CCUGUAAACGCGACCCAGGGCGACAGCAGCAGCUAAGUACUUACCAGCUCAGCAAAAUCCACGCGCGCGGGCCUCGUUUUUGCGGAACGUGAACGUGAUAGGACAAGGAAUACCACACAAGCCACCGGAAGGCUAUCCCGCGACGCUUAGCAGGUGCUGCUGUCGGGUUUUGGAAAGGAAUCGGCUUUUCGACACCCAACUUUUCCAAUUCUUCUUCAGCUUCCCUCAAAUCUAUUGACCCGUUGGAUCGCCCCGAAUCCCCCACCAUGUCCACCCCAGAUGUCCCUACAACCCCUCUCACGAAUUCCAACGGUGCCCUCCCCCAUGACAGCCCUGUAGAUACGCCUCCUUCCUUCGAUACCUCACUUUUUCGGUCAUAUCUUAUGUCACUCCUGCCACCGGUACUUGGUGCUCAACCCGAGGAGUUCGUAAGCUUAUUUGAUGAAGAAUUCGACGAACGUGUCACUCGCUUUGCCGCAGAAGGUGGAGGCGUGAUUUAUGUGGUAAAAACGAGGGACGAGGCAGAGGAGGACGCGCCGCCUUCUUAUUCAUACCACCUCACUUCACAACUGACUUACUCUCCUGCGAGUGUUACAUCACUUGCACUCAUCAAACGUGGUCCCACUUUGGAUCCUGUAACUCCUCUUGCCACACAACUACAUAUCCUCAAUUUGUUCGGAGGCGAAGAAACGCCAUACGAGAGUUUGCAUGCCGUCGUAAGCUGUGGCGUUAAGCCAUGGUUUGAUGCUUUUGUUGGAGCACGGGGUGGGGGCAAGGAUGGAGAUAGUAAAAUGGGGAUACCCAUGACCAAGAAGAAGUUUGCCGAACUGGAAUUGUCAUUACUACACCUUCAGCAAAACGUGGAAAUACCGGAGACGCAUCUGAUCAUUCAUCCAGUCAUACAGCGCGCCGUAGAACAGGCCCAAGGUUCAGGCGUCCGUCCGAAUAUAUCGCAUAUACCUCAAAAGCACUUAAACGAUAGUUCGUUCCUCAACACUUUGCACGGACACGUCAACAUGUGGAUAAAGGCUAUUCAAGCAGUCACGAAGCUCACCCGUGACGUUUCCUCUGGUACCGCGUCGCAAGAAAUCAAUUUCUGGCUCAGUCUCGAACGGGCACUGGAGGGCAUUGAGACGCAACUACGCAGCGAUGAAGUGAAUAUGGUCAUGGAGUGCCUUCGAAAUGCGAAGCGAUAUCUCGCAACGGUCAGUUUUAUGACGGACACCGGCCUCAAGUCUUCUACGGAUCUUGUGCACAAAUACAACCAGCUCAUGAAAGACUUUCCUCUCAAUGAACUGUUAUCUGCAACGGAUCUCGAAAAAAUCCAAGAAUCGCUGGUACUCAUCUUUGGACACAUCAAUCGCAAGCUCAAGCUUUCGCCAUACCCAAUCCGUCGGGCACUUCCCCUCGUCGAGGCAAUUUCUCGCGAUUUCAACGACCAGCUAUUGCGCGUGCUGACGUCACAUAGGUUAUCGUACACGCCUUACGAGACCUUUGACCGCUUACUCGGACAGACCAUGAACAUCUUCCGGACGUGGGAUGACCUCAUAAAGGAGUUCACGAACGUUGCCCGUGAGGUUAUGCGUAAACGCGGAGAGAAGUUUGUCCCCAUCAAAGUAGUUGCUGCGCACGCGAAACUACAGGAGCGGACAAGGUAUCUGCGAGAUUGGAGGAAACAGCACGAGCAGCUGGCGGUGAUGACAGGGCCUACGAAGGGUUUGGGCAGUAUGACUAAGGAGGUGGGUGGAAUGGAUAUGGAGGAAGAGGUGAAAGAGGCGUAUGAGGUUGUGAAGCGCAUUGAUGUUCUCGAUGUUUCUGUUGAGGGCACGGAAAUUUGGGUGGCUGCUGAGAACGCAUACAAUGAACGGGUUGCAAGGGUCGAAAACCAAAUUAUUGCACGGCUACGCGAUAGGUUAGGCACGGCAAGAAACGCGAAUGAAAUGUUCAGAGUGUUCUCCAAAUUCAAUGCACUCUUUGUUCGCCCCAAGAUUCGUGGAGCUAUCCAAGAGUAUCAAACUCAACUCAUCGACUCAGUAAAGGAGGAUAUCAAGCGACUUCACGAUAAGUUCAAAACGCAAUACCGGUCUUCUGAAGCCUAUCACAUGUCGCAAAUGCGCGACCUACCUCCAAUAGCAGGUGCCAUAAUCUGGGCACGGCAAAUCGAGCGACAGCUACUCACCUACAUGAAACGUGUGGAGGACGUACUUGGCAAGGGCUGGGAGCUCUAUGCGGAGGGUCAGAAGCUUCAGUCAGAAAGCGCCGCAUUCAGGAAGAAGCUCGAGACACGGCCAGUAUACGAAGCCUGGCUGCACGACAUCAACCGGCGCGACAUGGGCGUCAAUGGCCGUCUCUUUGAGAUUGUGAGAUUGCGGGGAGGGGGAUUCCAACUAGCGGUCAACUUUGACCCGCAAAUUAUCACGCUCUUCAAGGAGGUUCGGAAUUUGUUAUGGUUGAACUUCCAGGUCCCGCAUGCGAUCACGAAUAUGGCGAAGGACGCGAAGCGUGUGUAUCCUCAUGCUGUCAGUCUCAUGGAGACUGUCAGGACUUAUGGGCAGACUCUGGAUCUGGUGGAAAACAACAUGGGCAUUGAGUGGUUGGUUGCCGAGUACCGCAACGAGGCUCAGCGGAUGGUUGCCAAAGGUAUGGGCAUCAGGUGGGAUUACUUCGUCAAUCAAUACGACACCGCGCGGUAUGUUACCAGUGCCGAUGGCCGCGAAAACCGACAUAUCCAAUUCGUGCGGGAGUUUGCGAGUGUGGUGUCUGUUCUGCAGGACAAGACUAAUAAUGUCAUUGAUCUGUAUCGCAGUAUUCUUCGAGCAGUCGAGGAUCUCGCGACUUGCACCUAUACCAGCGAGGCGUUUUCAGAACUUCUGGGCAAGAUUCAAGCUGCCAUCGAUCGUCUGAAUCUCGAGGGAUACGCUAACCUUGAACACUGGGUGGCUGAUCUCGAUAAGCGGAUAGAAGGGAUUUUGCUUCAACGCUUGGGUUAUAUCAUCCAAGUUUGGUGUUCCGAGUUUGAUCGUACGGAUGAUGGUGAUGCGCGCCGAGAUCCACUACCUUUGCGGGACAUUACCAAUAAGCGACGUUUUGGCAAAGGCGGGAAAGAGGAGAGGGUCGUCGAGGGCAACAUGACUAUAAAACCUAUUGUUCACGAGAUUCGGAUACAGAACCAGGUGAUCUUCCUUGAUCCGCCCAUAGAAUAUGCUCGUGCGACUUGGAUAAAGCAAUUGCAUGACUGGUUAGGUAUCAUCUGUCGACUGAGACGUAUCCAAAGUUCCCGGUAUGAGAUCGGUUUGCAGAUGCAGGGCACGCAAGUGUCAGAAACAACAUAUACCUCUCUUCUCACACGAUUCUCCGACGAGACUUUAGAACGACCGUUUUCUCUCAUAGAACUCAAAGUUCAACAACUCAAAGACUACGUCGCCAAGUGGCUCCAAUUCCAGUCCCUGUGGGAUCUCGAAGCAGAAUACGUCUUCAACCGCUUAGGCGACUCCCUCGCGCACUGGCAACAACUUUUAACAGAAAUCAAAAAAGCCCGCUCGACAUUCGACAGAUCUGAAACCCAAAAAAGUUUCGGAGUCUGUGUGGUAGAUUACGAACAAGUCCAAGCCAGGGUAAACGCCAAGUACGAUGGAUGGCAACGGGAUAUUCUCAGUCGGUUUGGUGUGAAGCUUGGGAAUGCGAUGAAGGAGAUGCAUGCUUCGAUUAUGAAGGCGAGGAAUGAGCUGGAGCAUCAGUCGAUAGAGGGGUUGGUUGGAGGAGCACGAAGAUUUUGAUUUUGAGGAGUGGAGUGGUGAUGUUUUUCUUUCGAUACCCAUCCCAUCGCGUCGUUCGUUACUUGGACCUCAUUUUUCGUUCUGCAUGCCCAUCAUGUCUAGUGUAUAGGUUACGCGUAAGAUUUUGUAAUGGAUCCUGAGC